UGUCCUCUCUGUUACUCUGAGUAAACGGGAGCAGGAGCAAAGAUAACACGAGCACUUGCUGCUCUGAUGAGGGAAAGUAACCGGGCAGAGACAUUACAUUUAGCGUAGAGACAAAGUCGGAGAUAAAAACUUACUUCUCUAUCAGUUAGUGGGAACGGAGCUACGCUGAAGAGAUCGAUGUGACGCGUAAGGACCCUCAGGUGUAAAGAAAUCAAACUGGCGGCGCUAGGAUGCAGAAGUCACCGGUGGAAGAUGCCAAUCUGUUCUCCAAAUUCAUCUUUUGGUGGAUAUCACCGCUGUUGAGAAAGGGCUUCACUAAGAAGUUAGAGCUGUCAGAUGUGUACAAGGCUCCAUCUUAUGAUUUGGCUGAUACCCUCUCAGAGAGACUUGAAAGAGAAUGGGACAGAGAGGUUGUGUCAGCCAAGAACAGGCCCAGGCUGAUGAAGGCACUAGCCCGCUGCUUUUUUGUUCCUUUCGCCUUCUUUGGUGUCCUUCUCUAUCUUGGGGAGGCUUCAAAGACAGUGCAACCUCAGCUUUCGGGUCGCAUAAUUGCUUCCUUUGACCCAUUUCAUGCUCCAGAGAGAAGUCAGGGGUACUACCUUGCCCUUGGACUUGGCCUACUCUUCACUGCCCGCUUCAUCCUGUUGCAACCUGCCCUGUUUGGCUUGCAUCAUCUUGGAAUGCAGAUUCGCAUUGCUCUUUUUAGCCUUAUAUACAAGAAAACUCUAAAGCUGUCAAGUCGAGUCUUGGAUAAGAUCAGCACUGGUCAACUUGUUAGUCUGAUGUCUGCUCACCUCAACAAAUUGGAUGAGAGUCUGGGUCUAGCACACUUUAUAUGGAUCACACCUCUGCAGUGUAUAUUGUGUGUUGGUUUGAUCUGGGAGUUGAUUGAGGUUAAUGGGUUUUGCGGCCUUGCAGCUCUAACUCUUCUGGGCAUUGUCCAGGCCUGGCUAUCUAUGAAGAUGGGACCACACAGGGCAAAGCGAGCAGGGUUGAUCAACCGUCGUCUGGCUCUCACAUCAGAGAUUGUGGAAAACAUUCAAUCUGUGAAGGCAUAUGGCUGGGAGGAGGUGAUGGAAACCAUUAUUAGGAAUAUCAGACAGGAUGAGAUGACUCUAACAAGGAAGAUUGGCUCGCUGCGAUACUUCUACAGUGCCUCAUAUUUCUUCUCAGCUAUAUUGGUUAUUGUGUCAGCUAUUGUACCACAUGCACUCAGUAACGGCAUUAUCUUGCGUAGAAUUUUCACCACAGCCUCCUACUGCAUAGUACUACGAAUGACUCUUACCCGCCAGCUGCCAGGCUCCAUCCAAAUGUGGUAUGACACACUGGCACUAGUCAAGAAAAUUGAGGACUUCUUGCUGAUGGAAGAAUACAGAGUGUUGGACUACAGCCUGACCACUGUUGGACUAGAGCUGGUCAAUGUGUCUGCAUCUUGGGAUGAGGAGAUUGGUAAUCUGUUUGAGAAAAUCAAACAGGAAAGCAAAGCAAAUGGACACCUGAAUGGUGAAAACGGGCUCUUCUUCACAAACUUAUACGUCACACCUGUUCUCAAAAACAUUAGUCUGCGGCUGGAAGAGGGCAAGAUGCUUGCAGUGGCUGGAUCUACUGGCUCAGGAAAAAGUUCUCUCCUCAUGAUGAUCCUUGGAGAGCUGGUGCCUUCAGAGGGUAAAAUCAGACACAGUGGUCGACUUUCUUACUCAUCUCAGACUCCUUGGAUCAUGCCAGGAACUAUUCGUGACAACAUUCUUUUUGGCCUGACCUAUGAUGAGUACCGUUACACAUCCAUUGUAAAAGCCUGCCAGCUAGAGGAGGACUUUACUUUGCUACCUGAUAAGGACAAGACAUCUGUAAUUGAUGGAGGUGUGACUCUCAGUGGUGGUCAAAGAGCACGUAUAUGCCUUGCCAGGGCUGUGUAUAAAGAUGCAGACCUUUACCUCCUUGACGCUCCAUUUACCCACCUGGACAUUGCAACAGAGAAAGAGAUCUUUGAUAAAUGUGUAUGUCAACUUAUGGCCUCCAAGACUCGUGUUGUGGUUACUAGUAAGUUGGAACAUCUGAAGCGAGCAGACAAAAUCCUUUUGCUGCAUAAUGGAGAUUGUUACUUCUACGGCACGUUCUCUGAACUGCAAGCACAACGCCCAGAUUUCAGUUCACUUCUGCUUGGUCUUGGUGCUUAUGACAACAUCAAUGCAGAACGGCGCAGCUCUAUCCUCACAGAAACCCUUCGCAGGGUCUCAGUAGAUGAAACUACUAGUUUCCGCGGCUCAGAGCAAAUCCGCCAGUCAUUCCGCCAUGCACCACCACAGAACCAUGAUGAUGGUUUUCCUGAAAAACGCAAGCAGUCACUCAUACUUAAUCCUCUUGCAGCUUCCCGCAAAUUCUCAUUCAUUGGGAACUCCCAGCAGCCAAAUAUGUUCGAGGAUGCUGUUCAUGAACUUUCAGAGAGAAGAUUCUCCGUUGUACCUGAGGAUGAUCAGGUUGAGGAGGCUCUACCAAAGAGUAACCUGUACCACCAUGGCAUGCAACAUCUUGGUGCGCAGCGACGUCAGUCUGUCUUGGCGUUCAUCACAAAUGCUCAGGGCCAAGAACGCAGGGAGCAGAUGCAGUCAUCCUUCAGAAGAAAGCUGACCAUAACCCCUCAGUGUAACCUGGCAUCUGAGCUGGACAUAUACGCCAGACGUCUGUCCAAGGACAGCGUUUAUGACAUUAGUGAGGAAGUUGACGAAGAAGAUAUGGAGGAAUGCUUUGCAGAUGAACGUGAAAGCCACUUUGAAACUACCUCAUGGAGCACUUACUUGCGCUACGUUUCCACCAAUAGAAGCUUAGUUUACGUCCUUAUUUUCAUUGUGAUCGUCUUUGCUAUUGAGGUUGCUGGUUCAGUCAUUGGCAUUUUCCUCAUUACUGAUGAGAUCUGGAGGGAUGGUGCCAACCCUAAUUCACCCAACUUCAUUGAUGAGCAGCACCCUAAUGCAUCAUCCCCCCCUGUCCACCUGGCAGUCAUUGUCACACCAACAAGUGUAUACUACAUCAUCUACAUCUUUGUGGCUCAUUCCGAUAGCAUACUGGCCUUGGGGGUCUUCAGAGGUCUACCUUUAGUCCACACAUUACUAACUGUGUCCAAAAGACUCCACGAACAGAUGCUUAGUGCUGUGCUACGUGCCCCCAUGUCAGUGCUCAACACCAUGAAAACAGGCCGGAUAAUGAACAGAUUCACCAAAGACAUGGCAAUCAUAGAUGACAUGCUGCCUCUUGUGCUUUUUGACCUCGUACAGCUGACCUUACUCGUCAUUGGCUGCAUCUUCACUGUGUCCAUUAUGCGACCAUACAUCUUCAUCGCUGCCAUCCCUCUGGCUGUUAUUUUUGUUGUCAUCCGGAAGUACUUCCUACGAACAGGACAGCAGCUCAAACAACUUGAGGCUGAAGCUCGAAGUCCGAUCUUCUCCCACCUAAUCAUCUCACUAAAAGGUUUAUGGACAAUUCGAGCAUUUGGGCACCAGACUUACUUUGAGACGCUUUUUCACAAGGCCCUGAACACCCACACAGCCACAUGGUUCCACUACCUAUCCAGUCUGAGAUGGUUCCUCUUCCGCUGUGAUGUGCUGUUCGUCAUUUUCUUUACUGCAGCUGCCUUCAUUGCCGUGGGAACCAACCAGGACAAACCAGGGGAAAUUGGAAUUGUUGUCGCUCUGGCCAUGCUUAUCCUUGGGACUUUCCAAUGGGCUAUCAUCACCAGCAUCAAUGUGGAUGGACUGAUGCGUUCAGUUGAUCGAGUAUUCAAAUUCAUCGACUUGCCAUCAGAGGAGACUCUGCUGGGAAGGUCUGGGGGUAAAGGAAGUCAUGACCUUGUCAUCAACAACCCUCACGUGCACGACUACUGGCCCAACCAUGGCCACCUUGAUGUCCACGGUCUUACCGUCAAAUACACUGAGGCUGGGCGUGCAGUGCUCAAUGACAUCUCUUUUUCUGUGGAGGGUGGGAAGAGUGUGGGUCUGUUGGGUCGAACAGGUUCAGGGAAAAGCACGCUGCUCGCUGCUUUGCUACGCCUUACAGCCACAGAUGGAGAAAUGGCUGUUGAUGGCAUUUCUUCAAGCUCUGUCUCCCUGCAGACAUGGAGAAAGGCCUUUGGAGUGGUCCCACAGAAAAUCUUCAUCCUGACUGGAACUUUUCGGGUGAAUUUGGACCCAUAUGGACGUUAUAAUGAUGGGGAGCUUUGGAGAGUGGCUGAGGAGGUUGGUUUAAAAUCUGUCAUUGAGCAGUUUCCAGACAAACUGGACUUUCAACUGGAGGAUGGUGGCAGUGUGCUGAGCAAUGGACAUAAACAGCUUGUGUGUCUUGCCCGUUCCAUCCUCAGCAAGGCCCGUAUCUUACUGCUAGAUGAGCCCUCUGCUUACCUCGAUCCCAUAACUCUACAGGUCCUGAGAAAAACCCUGAAGCAAUCAUUUUCUGGCUGCACUGUCAUCCUUUCAGAACACAGGAUAGAGGCGCUGCUGGAGUGCCAAUCAUUCCUGAUGAUUGAAAACAGCUCUGUAAAAAGCUAUGACUCUAUCCAGAAACUUAUGAACGAAAUGAGUCAUCUAAAACAGGCCAUGAGCCCAUCUGACCGUCUCCGCCUCUUUCCAACUCUUCAUCGCCUAAACUCCACGAAGAGGGUACCGCCACAAAAUGCCAAGAUCUCCUCUCUCCCAGAGGAAGCUGAGGAUGAAAUCCAAGACACUCGCCUCUAACCUGCCAUAUCAACACAGACAUACCCACAAGUCUUGUUUUCAUUGCCCAUGGGAACUUUUUAUUGAAACAAUACAUACCCUUGUCAGACUUUUACCCUAAUUUUUACCAUCACAAUUGAUUCCUUGACCUUAGCACUUAGUCUUAAAGCAAUUAAUAUAUACUGUGGAUCUAGGAAUUUUAUCUGAAAUUGACUUAAGAAUAAAAUCAAUUGUGCUUACGAGAUAGUAUAAAAACCUUUUUGUUUUUAUACAUAUUGACUUCAAUCAGUUUUUUACAUAAAAAAGAAAACACUUCACAUUCUCGCAAUAGUGUGUUUUCUUACACAUAAAAGCUCAGGCUGAACUCACCAAACACAUAGUACAGUAAAAAUAAAAACAUCUGGUCACAAACCAUUCAGUCACAUACUGAAGCUGCAGAUAAAAUUUUGUACAAAUAUUAAGAAUAUAAAUCAACUGUAAGAAUAUUUCUGCAAAGGAAUUUUAGGAUGACAUCCUGCUGAAAAAUGGUAAACCAGGUUUGUACAUUUUUGAGUAGCAGUGCAUGAUCACUUUCCACCAAUAUGGUACGACAUAGCUCAAACCUUUACAUUGAUGUGAAUUUUGUUUUGAUUUGUCACUUGAUUCCAAAACCUAAUAAAGCUGCGUAUCUGUGCAACAUAUAUUGAUCGUUCAGCCCAACUGAACACUAUGCUAUUGAACUACUUUAAGUGCCUUUUCUGUUUUUUCUUACAGGGCAAACUUAAGUGUUAUGGCCUCAAUAAUGUUUUUCUUCUGCAACUGUUUUGAAGAAGUAUUCUAUUUUCUGCCUGAUUUAUAGUUUAAAUAAAGAACAACCAAAAUAUUUGGAAUAGAGAAACUUAUUUUCAUCUCAAGACUCAGGACUCAAGUGUCAACUGCACAUGAAAUGUCGGCCGAGGUCUGACACCACCACCCUUAUAAAUAGGAUGGAAAUCCUUGAAAUGUUGUUAUUAACAUUGCAACUUAACAUCAAGAGAAGAGCCUCCUAUAUUUUUCCUGGGCCAAUGAAUAUGCUGUAAAAAUCACAAAACAUUUUAAGACUUAGUGUUGUUUGUUUAAAGUGCUAAUGUUCCAUUAAGUCUUUUUUUCUCUGUUGUCAAUUGCACUCAUUGACAAAUCCUACUAAGUAAUACAGCCCAAACAACACUCUUGACUAAUCAUUUUUUGAUUGAAUAGGCUUGCCCAAUGUUUUGAUAUCUGCAUUCUUGUAUUUCAGUUUACCUUUUAGAAAAAAGGAAUCCUAAUUAACAUAUAAGACUGCAGAUAUUUUGCCACUUCAGAGACACCGCCUUGUAUUAUGCACUUACUCAUGAUUCAAUUUAGUUUAAAAAGAACUAACGACAUACGCAAAUUUUGGUUAGUUUUACCGUUUCAGGGUUUGGAUAAAUCUCAUCGGAACUGACUCGCGUUUGAAAACAGCACCUGGCAGCUUUUCAAUGUACUACAGGUUGCAAAUCUUAAAUGAUAUAAUUAGGAUAUGUCUUCAUAUAUAUUCAUAUUUCUGAUUAAUCAUCAUAAAUCAUUAUGCUGUACAGAUGGGAUUGCCCUUAAAAAACUAGAGCACCUUCAAGUGUGCUUAUGGGGGCAAAGAAGCAUACUAAACUGCCCUCAAGUGCCAUCUCGAGAGCACAUGAAACAUGUCUAAAUACCCCUCUACAGGGGUGAAGACGCACAAUGUGGCCAUUUUUUCUUUCCACCCAUGCCUUUCAAAAUACCUGUUUAAGCCACAACAUGGGAGAAAUGUACGUCAAGUGAUAUUAUUAUAUCAAUAAGUAAUAUUGACGAUCUGUUCAGUAUAUUUUAUUAGUCACAUCUCAACCCGCAGAGACUCCACUGCUGUCAGCAAGCACACACCUACCAUCAACGAUGUUGACUGAUGCAAAUAAUGAGUUUUAACUCAAUUAACCUUAUUUUCUAAGUGUAUGCACUUUAGAGACACCAUGAGAUCCUCAUUCAAUUUAACAGCAGGGAGGAAGUAAAGUGGGUAAAUGCUGAACAUGGGUUUUUUUUAACAGACCAAUUUAACCUAAUUUCUAUUUGAAAUAUCUCUUUGUAAAUAGCAAAACGAACAUACUUCAUUUUCACAUUGUAUCUGUCAUUUACGUCUAUGUUUGCAUCAUUGUCUUAUAUGCCUUUUUCUUUUGUGGCAGAGGGAAAAUGCUCUGCUUUUUUCAGGAACCAACCAAGAAAUUUAAGGCAUUAUUAAAAACUGUGAUUACUUUUUAUGGGAUAAUUAAAAAACAAUCUUAUACAUAAGAAAGUAUCAAUGUAUUUGUUCAAUCAGCUGGAUUUUCAUUAAAGAUAGAGUUUGAGAAUUUGACAUUGUUUGUGUAAUUCUUGUUUAAAAAGGUUUGGACAGUUUUUAUUCUUGAAUGUGGUAUGAUUAAACAUUCUAAAUUUUCCAAUAUGACAUGUUCUCCUGCAUCAUGAUAUAAUGUUUUGCAACAGACUUCAACAUAAACGCUUUCCAAAAGACUAAACAAAAUAGUAAAUAAUGUAUUCAGGAAUCAGCAAUUAGUGCUACUGAACAUUUUUUUAAAUAACAAACUAUAAUAAAUAAAGUAAUAAUAGACUGCAGGCAAAUUUUUAGGCGUUUCUAUGCAAUGUUGAAGAGAAUCUCUCAAGCAGGUAAGAUAUUUGUUACUACUGUUUUUUUUAAACAAUACUUUCAACAUGGUAUGCCAACAAACAUACUUGAACAACUUGGUCUUUGGAUUGAAUACAUCGAA